ACAUGGUUACGAGAUGCGAUUAUCAUCUCAAAUACUUGUGUAAUAAAAUAGGACUUAGCCUAAUACUCCAAUGGCAGCAGGUAUAACAAGAGUCUCUUGCUGCUAUUAUCAUCACCUGAUUCUGAAGAAUAAGAAUGGUCUAUCUGCCUCUGUAGCUGUCUCCACCAGUUUCAAGAAGAUGGUAACCAACGCCGCCUCCGCCACCAUCACGGCUAGUAGCAGCAUUAAUCAUGGUGAGUACAGGAGCAUUGCGGAGAGAGUGAGUUUGGAAAAAGAAAUAAAAAAGAGCAAAUUCAUAGCCAUAGCUGCUCCCAUCUCUGAUGAAGAAUCCGCCUUCUCCUUCCUCUCCGAGGUGAGAGAUCCACGUGCCACUCAUAAUUGCUGGGCUUUUAAGGUAGGACAGCACAGCCGUUGUAAUGAUGAUGGCGAGCCAUCUGGGACUGCCGGCAAACCUAUUCAAUCUGCUAUUCUUUCUUCUCAUAUCGACAGAGUCAUGGUCGUUGUCAUCCGCUAUUUUGGAGGUAUCAAACUAGGAACUGGUGGACUGGUUAGGGCUUAUGGUGGGGUUACAUCUGAAUGCUUGAGAAAUGCCCCUACUUGUCUCGUCAAAUCUAAGGUCCCUAUGGCCGUGGAGGUUCCCUUUGAUCUCUUAGGACUCGUGCAACAUCAGCUACAGCAUUUUCAAGUUGAGGACAUCAAGCAGGAUUAUGAGACUGGUAAAGAUGGUUUUGCCAUGAUCUCUUUCAAAGUUGAUUUUGACCAGGUUGAGAAAUUGGAGAAUGCUGUCAAAGCAAAUUGUAGCCGACAACUUGUGUUUUAUAAACAGUGACACAGACUUUGAUGAUAUUCAUACAUGCGUAUGACAAUGUCCCAUACCAACUCCAUCACGUGGAAACAGUUUCAGCACCGGUAAGUGUAUUCUUUCACCAUGUAUAGUAUAAAUCUUCACCCCUGCAACUCUUGUAGGGUUCGUCCAAUUCUUAUAAUGGAUUCUUGGUGUCUAUAAAAAAUAAAGAUUGAGUUAUGCUAAGAA